AUGGAGGCCAGCAAGAAAAAGACAAAGCAUCAUGCCAAACCAUCGCAGAAUAAGGAAAAGGCAGUGUCCAGUGGAACUGGAAUUUGGAAGGUGUGGUCAUUCCUCAAGGAAAAUGUUGUAAUAACGUCCAUACUUGCAAUAGUAAUAGUUGCAUUUGUCCUAAAGUACUAUGAAGAUGUGCAUAGCAUAAAUAGUCGAUUCAUAAAGGUUGACGUGGAUAUUUACAAAGUUUUGGGUGUACCAAAAGAUGCAAAGGAAGCUGAAAUCAGAGCAAAAUACAGGGAAUUGAGUCUCAAAUGGCAUCCGGAUAAGAACAAGGAUUGUGUAGAUUGUGAAAAGAAGUUCAGAGACCUCAAGGAAGCGUACAGGAUCAUUUUAAAUCCGUAUCUGAGAGAAAUAUACGAUGAUACCAACGGUUUAACCGUGAACAUUAUCCCAUCCAAAACUACAAAUUUGACCUCGAAGAAUUAUAACAAGUUUGUAAAGGGAUCCAACAAGGUAUGGGUGAUACAAGCUUAUUCUGAUGACAAUUACUACUGUAAACUUUUUGCUCCCUUGUGGGAUGAGUUUGCAGAAAAAUACGGAAAAUAUGCAAGCUUUGGCCGCAUAAAUGUUCUACUUGAUAAAGGUGCAAUUAAAAAACUUCCCGCAAAGGUGCAGAUAUAUCCUGCGAUAUUUAUGAUUUUCCCAAACGGAAAAUACGACAUAUUUCCAACGACAGUUUUAGAUAAUGAAGAGGACUUGACUGAAUAUUUUGAAAGUGUAUAUCCCUCUGCAGUAAAGGAAUAUGGAGAUUACAAGAAAUUCAAAGACUCCAAAUUUACCUCCCCGAAAUUGCUCUUUUAUACCAAAGAUGUACCAAUACUCCUCAACUAUAUAUCACUAAAAUACAAGUGGCAGUUUGAAAUUGCACACUUGUCUCAAGAUGCACAUGUUGAUGAGCUAAAGGAUGACGUAAAGGCUGCACUCCCAGAUGCACAACUUUCAGGGGAUACCUUGUCUAUUCUGUAUGAUAAACAAGGGAAAAUCGUUGCUGUGAACAGCCAACCUCUGGGUAACGAAUCUGUAAAUUUGGUUUCAAAAAUGCAAAUGCUGAUUGAGCCUCUAAUCGAGCUUUCCCAGGAAAACUUUGACAGUUUGUGCGCAAAGGAAGGAGGCAAAGAUAAGAUUUGUGCCAUUUUUUCAGGUAUGAUUAGAAAAGGUGAAUUUAAAUGUUUAGGCCAUGAGCAUUUGAAUGCUACUAACCUAAUAAAAUUACUUGCAAAGUACGAUAAAUUUGAUAAUAUAAUGCACAAGUACCCAUUUGAUGGAGAAAAGAACAGUGCAGAAUCACUUGUCGAUUUACAAUUGGCUACGUUGAAUUCGCCGAUUAAAGACAUCUUUAGCUCCGGAGUUCUUCUCCUUGAUCAUGGAAAAAACCAGUUUUGUGUCAUUUCCAAAAAGGGAGAAGAAAACGAAUACGAUUGCGGAUGGGAAAAUGCUGACGAUCCUUCGUGGAUAAACACUCUAAGCGAAGGAGACCUUGGUGCACUAGACUGGUUUGAUCUACCAGAAAAUUAUAAAGGAGACCUCUUCAAGUUCAACUGCCUAAAAUCGCAGGCUCGAUUGUUAUACUUUUAA